GGGCCGCGUGCCGCGUCUGCGGGAAGGAACUCGGAGCUAGCCGGAGCCGAAGCGGGGAGCCCACAGGCCCGCGGAGCCGCGCGGGGAACGCCCGGGCGCCGCUGAGCCGGAGGCCGCGGCUGCGCGGCCGACGGGCCCGGCCCGGCCUGGCGUGGAGGGAGUCGUGCGCUAUACAGACGCGGAUGAGAGAGGCGCCGCGGCCUGAGUGAGACCUAAUGAAAAGAGCAUGACUUUUAGAGGCAGAAGACUUAGUUUCAAGUCCCUGUUUCUUCACUUCCUAAUUUUGUGAUUUGGAAAUAUCUAAUGCAAGAUGUUGGCAUUGCAGACUUGGAUAGUGCACGCAUUGUUUAUUUUCUUCACCACUGAAUCUGUAGGUGAACUUCUAGAUCCAUGUGGUUAUAUCAAACCUGAAUCUCCAGUUCUACAACUUGGUUCUAAUUUCACUGCAGUUUGUGUGCUAAAAGAAAAAUGUAUGGAUUAUUUUCACGUAAAUGCUAGUUACAUUUUCUGGAAAACAAACCAUCUUACGGUUCCUAAAGAACAGUACACCAUCAUAAAUAGAACAGCAUCUAGUGUCACGUUUACAGAUACAUCUUUAUUAAAUACUCAGCUCACUUGCAACAUUCGUACAUUUGGACAGAUUGAUCAGAAUGUUUAUGGAAUCAGAAUAAUUUCAGGCUUGCCUCCAGAAAAACCUAAAAAUUUGAGUUGCAUUGUGAAUGAAGGAAAGAAAAUGAUGUGUCAGUGGGAUCCUGGAAGGGAAACAUACCUGGAAACAAACUUCACUUUAAAAUCUGAAUGGGCAACAGAGAAGUUUGCUGAUUGUAAAACAAAACGUGAUACUCCCACCUCAUGUACUGUUGAUUAUUCUCCUGUGUAUUUUGUCAACAUUGAAGUCUGGGUAGAAGCAGAGAAUGCUCUUGGGAAGGUUACAUCAGAUCAUAUAAAUUUUGAUCCUGUAGAUAAAGUGAAGCCCAAUCCGCCACAUAAUUUAUCCGUAAGCAACUCAGAGGAACUUUCCAGUAUCUUAAAAUUGACAUGGAUCAACUCAAGUAUUCAGGGUUUUAUAAGACUGAAGUAUAACAUUCAAUAUAAGACCAGAGAUGCCUCAAUUUGGAGCCAGAUUCCUCCUGAAGAUACAGCAUCCACCCGAUCUUCAUUCACUGUCCAGGACCUUAAACCUUUUACAGAAUAUGUGUUUAGGAUUCGUUGUAUGAAGGAAGAUGGUAAAGGAUUCUGGAGUGACUGGAGUGAAGAAGCAAGUGGUAUUACAUAUGAAGAUAGACCAUCCAAGGCACCAAGUUUCUGGUAUAAGAUAGAGCCAUCCCAUACUCAUGGCUAUAGAUCUGUACAACUCAUAUGGAAGACAUUACCUCCUUUUGAAGCCAAUGGAAAAAUUUUGGAUUAUGAAGUGACUCUCACAAGAUGGAAAUCACGUUUACGGAAUUACACAGUUAAUGACACAAAAUGGACAGUAAACAUCACAAAUGAUCGUUACAUAGCAACUCUGACAGCAAGAAAUCUGGUCGGCAAAUCAGAUGCAGCUGUUUUAACUAUUCCUGCUUAUGAUUUUCAAGCUACUCGCCCUGUAACGGAUCUUAAAGCAUUUCCCAAAGAUAAUAUGCUUUGGGUAGAAUGGACUGCUCCAAAUGAAUCUGUAAACAAAUACGUACUUGAGUGGUGUGUAUUAUCAGAUAAAUCGCCCUGUAUCCCAGACUGGCAACAAGAAGAUGGUACUGUACACCGCACCUAUUUAAGAGGGAACCUAGCAGAGAGCAAAUGUUAUUUGAUAACAGUUACUCCAAUAUAUGCUGAUGGACCAGGAAGCCCUGAGUCUAUAAAAGCAUACCUUAAACAAGCUCCACCUUCCAAAGGACCUACUGUUCGGACAAAAAAAGUGGGGAAGAAUGAAGCUGUCUUAGAGUGGGACCAACUUCCUGUUGAUGUUCAGAAUGGAUUUAUCCGGAAUUAUACUAUAUUUUAUAGAACCAUCAUUGGAAAUGAAACUGCUGUGAAUGUGGAUUCUUCCCACACAGAAUAUACACUGUCCUCUUUGACCAGUGACACUUUGUACAUGGUACGAAUGGCAGCAUAUACGGAUGAAGGGGGAAAGGAUGGCCCAGAAUUCACUUUCACUACACCAAAGUUUGCUCAAGGAGAAAUUGAAGCUAUAGUUGUCCCUGUUUGCUUAGCAUUCCUAUUGACAACCCUUUUGGGAGUAUUGUUCUGCUUUAAUAAGCGAGACCUAAUUAAAAAACAUAUCUGGCCUAAUGUUCCAGAUCCUUCAAAGAGUCAUAUUGCCCAGUGGUCACCUCAUACACCUCCUAGGCAUAAUUUUAAUUCAAAAGAUCAAAUGUAUUCAGAUGGUAAUUUCACUGAUGUAAGUGUUGUGGAAAUAGAAGCAGCAAAUGACAAGAAGCCUUUUCCAGAAGAUCUGAAAUCACUGGACCUGUUCAAGAAGGAAAAAAUUAGUACUGAAGGACACAGCAGUGGUAUUGGAGGGUCUUCAUGCAUGUCCUCCUCUAGGCCAAGCAUUUCUAGCAGCGAUGAAAAUGAGUCUGCACAAAACACUUCGGGCACUGUCCAGUAUUCCACAGUGGUGCACAGUGGCUACAGACACCAGGUUCCAUCGGUCCAAGUCUUCUCAAGAUCUGAGUCCACCCAACCCUUGUUAGAUUCUGAGGAGCGGCCGGAAGAGCUCCAGCUGGUAGAGAACACAGAGAGCAGUAUUGGCAGUCUGCUCAGGCCACAGUAUUUCAAACAAAACUGCAGUCAACGUGAAACCAGCCCAGAUAUUUCACGUUUUGAAAGGUCAAAGCAAGUUUCAUCAGUCAGUGAAGAAGAUUUUGUGAGACUCAAACAGCAGAUUUCAGAUACUUCACAGCCCUAUGGAUCUGGGCAAAUGAAAAUGUUUCAAGAAAUUUCUGUAGCAGAUGCUUUUGGCCCACGUACUGAGGGACAGGUGGAGAGAUUUGAAACAGUUGGGAUGGAGGCUGCAGUUGAUGAAGGAAUGCCUAAAAGUUACCUACCGCAGACUGUCAGACGAGGUGGCUACAUGCCUCAGUGAAGACUAGGUCCUGUUACAACUUCAGCAGUACCUGUAAACUAAAGCUAAUUUUAUCUGUUAUUUCAGAUAAAAAUAAUCUUCACUCACUGAAGAUGAUCAUUUGCCCUUGAGGACAACAAUAAACUGCCCUCCCACAUGGGCUGUUUCCCUUCCAGAAUAUCUGGGAUUCUACUUUCAAGCACUACAGAACUGACUUCAUCCUCUGAAUAGCUGAAUGAUUUUGUGCUGUUUCAGGAUGUUUGCACUGAAGAAAAACAGAAAGCUUGUCUGAAAUUUAUAAAGUAAAACUUUGUUUUGGUAGCUAGAAAACAGAGGGUAUUUAAAUAAUAAGCAGUGAUAUAUUUAGUACAGCUAUACUGAUUUUAAGGAGAAUAGGCACCAAAUAAAGUGGCUGAGAUAAGACAAACAGAUGAGUGAGAUCUAGACGCUCUACUUCAGCUGACAGCAUAGAGCUGCAGGUGGCAUAAUUACAUGAACCCAGCUUCUGUUGUCUGACCAAAACCAACGAGAAAAAAAUAGUGGGUUUAAUUAUAAUAUCGCCCACAGGAAGUAGUAGACAUUCUCUUCCAUUGGUAAUGAUGCUGCCAGUUACUAGACAAAUGGAAUUCGAGUGUGAAUUUUGCAAAUUAAGAAUAUUUUUGAAUAUUAUAUAAUCCUAAUCUAAAAUUUUCAAAAUUUGCUUUUGGUCGUUAUUCACAAAUUCAGCAGAGUGCCCAGUUAAGAGCUAGGAAUGAAUGCCAAACUAUGUUAGCCAUCUUAAAAAUUCUUUGCCAUUUAUAAAGACUUAAAUU